GGCCCCGUGGCGGAGGGGGGACUGUGGGGCAGGAUGAGGUACGAAGCCAUGAAGAAGCACUUGGGAGCUGUGGGUGCCCUCUCCAAGCAGUAUUGGCAGUACCUGACGUGCAAGGUGUGGCAAGAGGGCUGCAAAGAGGAGGAGGAGGAGGAGGAGGAAGAGGCCAGCCCCGGCCCAGGCUGGAGCUUGCCUCUGGUGGGCCAGGAUUACCUGGAGAUCCUCUCUGCCUGGUACUGCAGCUUCGGCAAGUGCUGCAAGACAGGAGACUGCAGGAUAGUCAACAAUAUCACAGGGCUAGAAGCAGACCUCGAUGGGCAGCUCCACGGGCAGCACUUGGUCAAAGAAGUCGUCAUCCGGGCGGUGCAAGGGUUCCUGCAGAGCCCACGGCCGCAGAAGGCGCUGGUCCUCUCCUUCCACGGCUGGUCCGGCACAGGCAAGAACUUUGUGGCCCGGAUGCUGGCCAGUCACCUCUACCGGGAUGGGCUGAGGAGCAAGUGCGUCAGGGUGUUCAUCUCGCUCUUCCACUUCCCCCAUCACAAGUACGUGGACUCGUACCAGGCUCAGCUGAAGAAGCAGAUAAGCGACACUGUGCAGCUCUGCAAGCAGUCCCUGUUCAUCUUCGAUGAGGCGGAGAAACUUCAUUUCAGCCUCCUGGAUGCCAUCAAGCCCUUCAUGGCUCACUACGAUAACAAGGCCCAGGUGGAUUACCGGAGAUCCAUCUUCCUCUUCCUCAGCAAUCUCGGUGGCAACACCAUCAAUGAGGUAGCCCUGGAUUUCUGGCGAGCCGGCCGGGCACGGGAGGAGAUCUCCAUGGAGUUCCUGGAGCAGCGGCUGCGGCUGGAGCUUGCAGAGAACGGUUACGCCCACAGCCACCUCCUCGAAGAGAACCUCAUUGAUUUCUUCGUGCCGUUCCUGCCCCUGGAGUACCACCACGUGAAGCUCUGUGCACGGGAUGCUUUCCUGGCGACCGAGACAGCCCUCGACGAGGUGGCCAGGAUGAUGGUGUUUGUCCCCAAAGAGGAGAAGCUUUUCUCUGCACAGGGCUGUAAAUCUGUAUCCCAGCGCAUCAGUUACUUUCUUCCUUGA